CCUUGACGAAAUGGGCAAAUUGCACCCACCCACUCUACUUUUCCCAUCUCUUCUUAUUUUCAUCUUCCAUGUCUCAUAUACUCAGCUCAUGACGUAGUCUCCUUUCAGCCUGUUUUUAUUGAUUUUCUCUCAUCGCUUCUCUGCGUUUAGUUAAUUCUAAUUCCAUGGCUUCAAGUUCUAACACCUCUGGUCGACGAGAGAUGGAGCCUGCAAACUCUUCUACCGGUGGAUGUAUCCAAGAAAAUGAGCUUAUAGCUGCUUUUCAUGAAAUCGCACCGUCUACUCCGGGUACAUCCUCAAGACUCAUUCAAAAGCCAUGUUUCGAUGUGUUCAUUAAUCAUCGUAGCCCAGAUGUCAAAAAAACUUUAGCCAGCAAAAUCUAUAAUAUCCUCCGUGACAUGCCUCCGUGACAUGAAGGUGACAGCUUUUUUGGAUUCAGAGGAGUUGGAAUAUGGCGAUUUCUUGCCUACAACAUUAGAAGCAGCAAUCCGCGGUGCUACCCUUCAUAUUGCAAUUUUUUCAAAGAGCUAUGCAGAGUCAGUGUGGUGUUUGGCAGAGCUCUCAUGUAUGAUUAAAAGUGGUACCAAAAUUGUUCCUUUUUUCUACUAUGUAGAGCCUAAUGAUCUCAGAUAUGUAGCUCAAAGGAAAGGAAUAUAUGCUGAUUCCUUUGAAAGGCACAAAAACAAACGUAGAUAUAGUCCAGACAAGCUGAAGGAGUGGGAAUAUGCACUUCACAAGGUCUCGUUUUACAGUGGCGAAAUCAUCAAAAAUAAUGAGUAUGUACCACACAUUCGGCCUCCCUAUCUUAAUAAAUACCUUUUUUUUUUCUAGCUAUGUAAUUUAACUACGUCAUACAUGCACGGUAGUAGUUUGAUUUUUCAAUGUUUUUACUUGUUCAGUGAUGAGAUGAGGCUGUUGAAGAAUAUUGUUAAUAUUGUGUUGAAAGAAAUAAGCAAUGUGCCAUUAGUAGUUGCAAAGCAUCCAGUGGGUCUCAAUGAAGUAGUAGAAGAUUUUGAGAAGACACUACAACUUGUCCAAGAUGAUCAGAGUGUACAAAUUGUAGGUAUUUGGGGAAUGGGUGGUUCUGGCAAGACCACACUUGCCAAAGAAGUUUACAACUGAAGAAGCUCAUCCAUGGAGAGAUCCAGCUUUGUUUUUGAUAUUAGAGAAGCCAAAAGAGUGUUGCAGGAAAAGCAGAUUGAACUCCUCAAAGACCUUGGUGUGAAUGAAACAUUUAACAAUGUAGAGCAAGGCAAGGCAAUUCUAGCAAGGCAUUUGAGAUCUUUUAAGGUGCUCAUUAUAAUGGAUGAUGUGGAUCAUGCCGAUCAGUUGGAUGCUCUGAUACCUAUAAAAGAAAGGCUUGGAAGGGGGAGUCUCAUCAUUGUAACAACACGAGAAUAUGAAGUUCUUAAAAUUUCGGGUAUAUCUUCUAUAUAUAAAAUGAAAGCAUUGAAUCCAUGUAAUGCAGAGCAACUUUUUUGUUGGCAUGCUUUUCUACAACCCUCUCCUCAUGAUGGAUUUGAAGUGCUUGUUAAAAGGUUCUUAGAGGCUUGCCAUGGAUUGCCCCUAUCUAUCAAGGUAUUUGGAGCACAGUUAUACCAGAAUUUUUCUAAACAAUAUUGGGAGUCUUUGUUACAUAAAAUCUCAAGAAUAUUGCCUGAAGAUAUCAAAGAGAAACUCAAAAUAAGUUACAAUGCUCUUGAUCAUGAAGAAAAAGAGGCAUUUCUUGAUAUUGCUUGUUUUUUUAUUGGAGAAAAUAAGAGUUUAGCUAUUGAAGUUUGGGAUGGAUCAGGCUGGAAUGGUCUACAUAUUUGGGAAAGGCUUCUAAAUAAAUGUCUGGUUGAGCUUGAUGAUUACAAUUGUAUAAGAAUGCAUGAUCACUUAAGAGAUUUAGGAAAAGAAAUUGGAAGUCAACAUUCCCCCUGUCGAUUGUGGUUAUCCCAACAGAUUACUAAAUUUGACAAACAAACAGAGAAAAAAAAUGUCAUUCGAGGAAUUAAGCUUGUCCCAUAUCGAAUAGAAGAGCGGUGGUCAUAUAGAGUGGUACUAGAGCCUAAUAUAAGUGGAGAAAUUUUGUUGCUCACACCAUAUUUAGCUGGACUAAAGCUUUUGGUGAUUAGAGGAGAUAGUUUUAAUCAAGUGAUCAACGAAAUAUCAAGAGAGCUGCUCUGGCUUCGCUGGUGGGAUAUUGGGCAGAGAAAUCCUGUGGCAGGACUUUCAUGGAAAAAUUUGAGGGUUUUACAAUUCUACGAACACUAUGAAGGGGAACAUCACUUAGAAGAGCUGUGGGAGGCUGAGAGCGAUGCUCCGGUACAGUUAAGAGAGUUGGAUAUUUCUCAUUGCCACAAAUUCCAAAGCUUUCCAAAUUCAAUAGGGUGUCUCAGUGAGUUGAAAAGGAUAGUAAUCAAUGGUGAAAAUAAUGUCGAGACUCUGCCAGCAGAAUUUUGCCAUUUGCGAUCAUUGGAGCACCUCGUCUUGCCCCAUUGUCAAAUGUCAUCACUACCCAUCAGUUUCGGCAAUUUGACAAAUCUGCGGUAUCUCGAGUUGAGAGAUUGCUGUAACUUGAGAAGAUUGCCAAUUACUUUUAAGAACUUGGCGCUCCUGCAAUAUCUCAAUUUAGACGGGUGUAGACAACUCAUACUCAUGCCAGAUGAUUUCCAAAACAUUACAGAGCUGGAGUUUUUGAGACUUUAUGAGUGUGAGCGAGUGGAAGAGUUGCCUGAUAACAUCACAAACCAGGUGUCGUUGAAGGAGCUCAAUUUAUCUGGUAUGACAAGGUUAAGGGAGCUUCCAGUUCAAAUUGGUGGACUAAGGAGGCUGCAAAAGAUGAAGAUAGGAUGUUUCCCUUAUGCAAAAGGUUCCAUACUAAAAUCCUUGCCUAAUUCUCUUGGAAAUUUAUCCUCAACUGAUCUUUCAAUUAUGAAUUGUCCCAACCUGGAAUAUUUACCACCCUCUCUUGGAGAUUUGUUCUUUUUGACUAAUCUUGCAAUUUGUCAAUGUCCAAAGCUGAAAUGUUUACCGUUCUCUGUGGGAGGCCUUAAUCUGUUAGAGUGUCUAGGUAUAACAGAGUGCCCAAUCAGCCAAUUAGAUUUUGAGACGGCUUCUUUACCUUCUACAAUGACCAACCUGAAGCGGUUGUUUCUUCAGCGUACAGAACUGUACAGCAUUUCAAUUUCUGAGGACCGUUGUCCUCACCUUGAGCUACUAGACAUUGCCCAUAAUUAUCAUUUAAAUGAGAUUGAAGCAUUACCAGUAAAACUUGGAAGGUUAGUUAUAAAGUCGUGUCCAAAAUUGGAUGUGCUUCCAAGAUUUGCACGACUCAUUUCUCUCAGAGAUUAUGAAGUACGAGAUUGCGACCGAAUUGAGAAAAUUGAAGGGUUAAAAUAUUGCACAAGAUUGGAAACAUUGAGACUACACACCUGCUGGGAGGUACCGGGCAUAGAAAGUUUGGAGCAGAUGGUGAAAUUGAGGACGCUGGAUAUGAGAGCAAACAAGGGAUCAGCUAUUGCAAGCUGUAUUCAAACGUUAAAGAAAUGGCCAGAUGAAAUCAUAAUAUGUGUCCCGGCGGUCUCUGAUGCAUCCUCACUUUUAGACUCCUUCAAACUUGGGCUGUCUCCGAAUCUCUCAGUCGUCGACUCCUUCUCUUACAAGGAUGUUUGGUACAAACCCGAAUUGCUGCGCAACCGGUUUUCUAAUCGCAAUGCCAUUAUGCUCUGCUAUGUUAUAAAUUCUGUUGAUUCUUCACAAAUAAAUAUUGAUUUACAGUGGUGUGAAAAAACAAUUUCUGGAGAAGAUGGAGAGAUUGGUUACAUAUCUUCUAUGGGGAUAGAUGAGGGUACAUGGGCAUUGAUAGGUGUCUUCACACAACGUUCCCAGCUUCUCAAUGCAGAAGAGGACCUUUCAAGACGUGCAUUCCGUCUAUCAGCUGAUAAGAGAAGAGGAAGAUGGGCAGUGGAAGUGGAGAGAGGUUUGGCUGUGACUGGGGAAGAGCAAAGCCUAGUGCAGGCAUUUUGCCAUUUGAUAUAUUGAAGGAUAUCCAUAGAUUACAGGCAUGAGAUGUUUGUAAGAAUCUUCAAACUACAGUGACAUUUUAGCACUGUGAAUAGGAGCCUAGCGGGAUCAAUAAGAGAUUGUGAAGGUGUCGGUAAAGUUUCAUGCUAAGUGUCCACGAAUAAUUGAUUGACAAUUCAAAUUCAAUCUUUUGUUAUAGUCAA